AUGAGGAGGAUGAGCGCAGAGACGCUGAUGAAGAGUCAGAGGACUGAGUGGAUGAUCUGCAGCUUCUCCUCCGACAGGACGGUUCAUGUUGUUUUAAUGAGGUUGUAUGAGGUGGAGAGACUUCAGCUGAACGUCCAGCAGCUGCUCGGAGGAGGUCAUGAGAAACACACGUGUGUGUAUUUGAGCUGAUGUUUUCACAGCUCCACAGUUUUUCCUCUGGGACAAAGUUCUCAGUGUUCCUCCACACCAACCCUGACUGUCAGCUGAUGGAGUCUGAGGACGCUGUGAGGAUCUUCUCAUGAGAAAAACUCCAGUCAAGGAAACGUUUAAACUUUUAUGAGUUUAGUAUAAAAUCCCCGUCACUCCCUCAGGUCGUGUUUCUCUCUUCAGAGUCUGAUUAUCAUCUCUGAGCGUCACAGCAGUUUAACCUCCAGAUUAGAGGUCAGAUACACACAUGAAACCACAAAUACACACAUUUAUAUAAACUACAAUCAGAGUUUUGCAUGUUGUUGUCGGUGCAGACAGCUCCGCUGAAAUGACCUGAUUGGAGUCUAAAGUUUAAAAACAACAACAAACCCAAGCAGAAAGAGGAGCUGCAGGGUUCGAAGUGUUCCUGUCACUGUUUCACAUUCACACGUGUUGACAUGGAUCUCAUAUCAAAGGUCAAGAGCGGCUCCGCCUCCUCCUCCCCGCUCUGAUGAUGCAAUGGAAAUCCAGAGGAAACGCAGAAAGCUUCAGUGGAAACAGUCGUUGUUUUGUUGAAACUCUGACUCUGAUUUCAGCCUCUGGAGCCGUUAUUCUGCAGAAGCAGCGGCGGCGGCGGCGGGGUCGGACUUCAGCUGCAGGAACAGUUUGUUUACAGAGAGAGAGAAAGGCGGGAAGACAUUCAGAAAGAGAGGGAGAGGGAGAGGGAGGGAGAGGGAGCGUUUCCUCUUAACGGCUGGAAAUACCAAGAAGAGGAGGAGAGGAGGGGGUUGGAAACAUUCCUGCACUGA